AUGGCCAGUGAUAGGGAUAGUGUGAAUCUCUCGAGCACGUUCAAGUAUUUACUAGCUACGCAGUUUCUUUCCAGAGGCAUCCCGUUCUUAUUCAAUCCUUGGAUCGUCAGGCAUCUAUCGCAACAAGACUAUGCGCUCUACUCGGUCCAGUUCCAUCUUUUUGUUACCUGUGUCUUGUUUCUCAGCCGGGAGGGAUUCCGGCGCGCUUGCUUGCGGGCUAACAUUAACAGUGAUGAUGUGACUAGUUUAUUGAAAGUUGCGUGGGUGACGUUUCCACUCGGAAUAGCCAUUACUAUUGCGGCAUGCAUCUUUGUGUUAUGGUCGCAGAACCUUAGUUACUCCGACACAUAUGCACAGGCUAUCUUGAUUCACGGAUUUGCAUGUGUACUGGAGCUAAUGGCUGAGCCUUUGUAUAUCCUCUCUCAGACAUUGAUGUAUCUAAAUUUGCGACUGAUUGUUGAGACUGUUGCUACAUUUUCACGCUGUGUAAUUUUGUGCUCUCUCAUACUCAAGCAAGCCAACAUGGAAAAAGGGAUUAUCUUUGCACUGUCACAAGUUGCAUAUGGAGGUUCCUUAUUUCUUGGGUACUGGGCUUAUUUUCUCAUUCGUGGUGUUUUCAAAAUUUCGGAUCUCUUUCCUUUCAGACCUGGGAACUUCAUGGAUCUCGAUAGGCAGCUCUCGAACAUGUGUAUGCUAUUUACUUUUCAGUCCUUCCGAAAGUUGAUUCUCCAAGAAGGUGAUUACCAGCAAAGGAAAAAGAAUCUCGGAAUUUGCCUGACCGAGGCCUUAAAGCUUGUAAUAUUAAUAGGUCUUAUAUUUAUGGCAUUAGGCCCGAGUUAUUCGUACUCUCUCAUCAGACUGUUGUAUGGUGAAAAAUGGAGCGAUGGAGAAGCUUCCUUGGCGCUUCAGGUUUAUUGUCUCUACAUCAUCGUCCUGGCCAUGAACGGAACCUCCGAAGCAUUUUUACAUGCAGUUGGAGAUGAGAAACAACUAAAGCGCUCAAAUGACUUGUUGCUUGUAUUUUCAUUUUUCUACAUCAUAUUAAAUAUUCUGCUGAUAAGAUCUUUAGGAGCAAUAGAUACCGGCAUGAGAGGCUGUUCAUCAAUAGGAUCAUACGUUUCAGGGAUCACGAUCACGGGGACUGAAGAAACACUUGACUGCAUGGGAAGGAAUUGGAUUGUAAUGACGAGCGUGAGAACUGGGCUGCAUGAGUUUAAUUUGGCAUCAAGAAGAGCCGAAGAAGCCGCGGCGAGAAGAUUUCAAGCCGUUCAAUGGCUUCAAUCAGUAGUGGGUCAACUCGGUAUACCGAGUCAGCCAUCGGAAAAAGAGUUUAUUUCUUGCUUGAGAAAUGGUUUGAUACUUUGCAAUGCCAUCAACAAGAUCCACCCAGGAGCUGUUCCCAAGGUUGUGGAGAACUACUCGCAAUUGCAGUCGUUUAACCGAGAGUAUCAACUUCCUCAAGCUUAUCAGUAUUUUGAGAAUGUGAGGAAUUUUCUUGUGGCUUUAGAACAGUUGAGGCUUCCAGGAUUCGAAGCUUCUGAUCUCGAAAAGGAUAAUCUAGAGUCUGGAUCAGUGACCAAGGUUGUGGAUUGCAUUUUAGGACUUAAGGCAUACCAUGAGUGCAAGAUCACUAGCAGUGGUAAUGGGUUAUACAAGCACGUCAAAACGCCAACGUUUCAGCUCUCUGCAACUAAGAUUCAUCCACUUAGUGCUACCAAAACGUCUAGGCAUUUGGACAUGUCCUCAGUCCGUGAUAGGAACGAUUGUGCAGAUGGUGAAUCCGAUAAACUCAAAGUGAUAGCCAAGUUGUUUGCCGAUCACAUAUUCAGCUCCAAGGAAAAUAUUGAUGAGAGUCUUCUUUCAUUUAAGAAUGGCAGUGAGAAUUCGAGAGUAAAUUUUGAGAAAAUCAUCUCAAGAUUCCCAGAGCUUCAAUCAGUAUUCAAGAAUUUACUUAACGAAGGUACACUGACUCCAUCAGACUUAAAAGCCAUGCCUCUGGAGGAGUUACCUGAAGACGACCAAUCCAGCGGAACUGUCCUACACAAAACAAACUGCAACCAUAAGCAUUUACUGAAAACACAAGAAAAGGAGCUUACGGUUCUCAAAACCUUGUUUAUAAAAACGAAGCAGGAUUUUAAGGAAUUUCAGGUUCAUUUGCAAAGAGAUCUGAUGGAACUAGGGAAUCAGAUGCAAGAGAUGUCAUCAGCAGCUCAAGGAUAUUACAAAGUGGUGGAAGAGAACAGAAAAUUAUAUAACAUGGUCCAAGAUCUUAAAGGGAAUAUAAGAGUGUACUGCAGAGUUAGACCAUUCUUCAAUAGUGAAAUAAAAGGAGUAAUAGAUUAUAUAGGAAAAGAUGGCUCGUUGAUUGUUGUGGAUCCAUCAAAGCAACAGAAAGAUGCGAGGAAAACGUUUCAGUUUAAUCAAGUAUUUGGCCCAACAGCUACUCAAGAUGAUGUCUUCAGAGAAACACAACCACUAAUCAGAUCAGUGAUGGAUGGUUACAAUGUCUGUAUGUUCGCGUACGGCCAAACAGGAUCGGGGAAGACAUACACGAUGAGUGGUCCUCCAGGCAGAUCAGCUAGUGAAAUGGGAAUUAACUAUCUAGCUCUCAGCGAUCUCUUUCUGAUAUGUGACAAAAGAAGGGACAUGAUGACAUAUGAGAUAUACGUUCAAAUGGUCGAAAUCUACAAUGAACAAUGUACAUUAGAUAUUCGGACUUGCUCCAGCGAAGAUGAUGGCUUGAGUCUUCCAGAUGCGACAAUGCAUUCUGUGAAUUCUACAAUGGAUGUCCUUCGGCUGAUGGAGGCUGGUGAGGUGAACCGUGCUGUAGGUUCCACAUCUAUGAACAAUCGAAGUAGUCGGUCUCACAGUAUUCUUAUGGUGCACGUGCGUGGGAGAGACACAUCUGGUGGUACCCUCCGCAGUUGCUUGCAUCUGGUGGAUCUUGCAGGGAGCGAGAGAGUAGAUAAAUCAGAGGUUACAGGAGACAGACUCAAGGAGGCACUGUAUAUCAACAAAUCUCUUUCUUGUCUCGGAGAUGUAAUUUCUGCAUUAGCUCAGAAGAAUUCUCACAUUCCAUACCGAAACAGCAAGCUGACUCUUUUACUUCAAGACUCAUUAGGAGGACAAGCCAAAACCUUGAUGUUUGCUCAUUUGAGUCCUGAGGAAGACUCUUUCGGAGAAACUAUUAGUACUCUGAAAUUCGCACAAAGGGUUUCAACAGUUGAGCUUGGAGCUGCUCGUGCACACAAAGAGACUAGAGAGGUUAUUCAUCUCAAGGAGCAGAUUGAAAACCUGAAGAAGGCUUUGGGUAAUGAAGAAUGGAACAAUGUUUCCUACAGUGGAGCAAAGGAUAUAAAAUCUCCUUUCAGCAGACCGAUGGCAACAACAGAGAGAACUCCUCCACGUCUAAGAAGAUUAAGCAUCGAAAACUGUAGCAACACAAAGGCACACCUUGGAGACAGAAAAGGUGUUAAAUCACCUUUGGCCUCUCGUCGUGCAAAAAGAUUGAGUUUGGAGGGUCAGGAGUGUCCAAAGUCCUGUAAAACCGAAGAAUGCGGUAAAGGAGAUCUCACCGUGAAAGUACACCAGCUCAAGAAUCCGCGGAGUCCUCCAAGCUCUUAUCAAAACAGAGCAGUGAAAGUAGAUGGCAGAACAAGCAUUCCUCAGCUCCAGCUUUUGCAAACACCUGAUAAAAGAGCUGAGAUACAGAUCAUUUCUGUGGAUUCUAGAACAAAUGGAAAAGGUUCACAAAUACGGAAGUCACUGAGGACAAUCGGAAAGCUGAUCAAUGGUUCAGAGAAGAGAAAAGAGAACAUCUCUGUGAAUCCACGGUCACCUCUUGGAGUUUCGAAUACUUUUACUAGUGAUAUAAAGUCGCCAAACACAAGCAACACUAAGACACUGCGAAGGCAAUCACUCACUGGUGUUAUUCCAACAGGACCAGAAAGAUCUCGUAGAUCCUCUAUAGGAGGAAAACCAAUUGAGAAUGGUGUAAAUGGUGCAAGAAAUGCAAAAACACCUCCACCUAUGCGUUCAUCAUCAAAGAUAGAGAAGAAAUGA